UGGGAGGCGCGUGACGGGGAACAUGAGCGGCACGCGGAGUCCCGGAGAAGCCGGCGGGGUGACCGUCACGGCACGGAGAGUCCAGCGGCUGCACCGGUGAUGUUUAACGGCGGUUUGCGGUCCGAGGUUUAGCAUCGCGGUGCGUAAAGACCGCGCGCGCGGCUAUCAUGAGCGUCGCGCUGAAGAGCUGGAGGGCCAAUGAAGGACCCAAACACUUGAUCAUGAUGUUUUGGAUUGCAGUCAAUGUCUUCCUGUUCUGGAGAACAUUCAUGUUGUACUUCAGCGGAGCGCAGUAUUAUUAUCUGCACAAGAUGCUGGGGCUGGGCCUCUGCAUCAGUCGAGCAUCGGCCUCCGUUCUAAACUUUAACUGCAGUCUGGUACUGCUGCCGAUGUGCCGAUCACUGCUUACCUUCCUCCGAGGAUCACAGCGGGUGAUGGGUAGAUGUGUUCGUCGGCUGCUGGAUAAGAGUAAGACGUUUCAUGUGGCGUGUGGAGUCACUAUAUGCGUCUUCUCAGUGGUUCAUGUGAGCGCUCACCUCGUGAACAUGGUCAGUUUCUCUGUGAGAUAUUCAGAGGAUUUCCCUGCGCUCAAUGUCGCUCAGUAUCGAGGACAGGAUCCCAGAAUUCUCAUCAUAAGCACAGUUCCUGGAGUUACUGGCGUUCUGUUGGUGCUGGUGUUGUUUCUGAUGUUUACAGCGUCGUCUUAUUGUAUUAGAGUCUCAAGUUACGAGAUUUUCUGGUACACUCACAACCUCUUCAUCGUGUUCUACAUUAUUCUGAUGCUCCACGUAGCAGGGGGGGCUUUAAAGUAUCAGUCAAACGUGGAGGCCCACCCACCCGGCUGCACACACAACAAUCUCAGUUCAUGGACCAAUCACAAAGCAGCAAGAGAGAAGGGGGCGGAGUUUUCAGGUGCACCACAAACAGUUUGUCAAGAAGAGGCUCAUUUUCAACCCCAUUUUCCUCAGACGUGGUUGUGGGUCUCAGCUCCUCUCUGCCUGUACUGUGCCGAGUGGUUGUAUCGUUUCAUAAGAAGCAGCACUGCUCCUGUUACCAUAGUUUCUGUCGUUAGUCAUCCAUGUGAUGUGGUAGAAUUGCGCAUGCUGAUGAGCGGCUUUAAGCCCCGCCCUGGACAGUACAUCCUGCUGAACUGCCCGAGUGUGUCGUCAUUUGAAAACCAUCCCUUUACUCUUACCACAUGUCCAACAGGGAAGAAUGAAACAUUUGGUGUUCAUCUCAGAGUGCUGGGAGACUGGACCUUGAGAUUUUCUCAGCUGCUGCUUCAAAAGUCGAACAGCUCUGAGAUUCUUCCCAUGAUGCAACAGAGGAGAUACCCCACCUGUGGCGGGACAAUCGACCAGAUUAUCUGAAUGUUCAGCUCUACCUCAGUAACACUCGGGGAUUACAGAGCAUCGGUGAGGAGCGUUACCGUUUUUUGAGCUCCAGGCUUAGGAUUGGUCGGCCAAAAUGGAAGCUCAUGUUCCAGGA